AUGUCCCGCGGGCAGUCCGGCGAUGGCAGGGCUGCCAGGCAGGGUCCUGCGGACGAGCGCGCAGGGCGUCUCAAUCGUCUCUUGACGGGUCGAGGCGCUGGCGCCCUGCGGCUCCUCAAGGAUACCCGGCUCUUCCACCUCGACGACGACGAGGCUUUGCCGAUGAGGGGCGACGCGCUGCCGCCGCGGCGAGGGUGCCAGGCCACGCUUCGCGGCGAGGCCGCGCUCGUGCUGGACGCAUUCAAGAGGUACGGGGUGGCGUCGGCCGACGCGGCGCCGGUGGAGGAGCUCCCGCCUGAUGCCAAGGGGGCCGCGUGGGGCUUGGGGGCCGUGGUCACGUGCAGACUGGAGGAUUUGCGAGAUGCCGCCUACGAGCUCAAGGUGACCUUGGUUAAUCAGCGCGUGCUUCUUCGGCGAGAUUCCAGCGCGGUGUCCUCGCCCAAGAAGGCGCGGUCGGUGAACAUGGCGCGCGUGGUGGCCGCGACUCUGCGGGCGGGCCACGCGCCUCUGGACCUCCGCCAGACGCCUGGGCAUCCUGGGCCGGUGCAGGUGCAUCCGUCGGGGGUCAAGGCGCACCAGGACUGGGCCCGCGAGAUGGGGGAGGAGCACCGAGCCGUAAUGGACAAAAGACGCCACGCGUACCCUUACUGGGCGCUCGACGUCCCAGGCCCCAUGCCGUUCUAUGCCCAACCGUGGCGGUGCGACACGUGCCGAUUGAAGGGGUCGUUGGCCGAUCGGCUUCCCUUGCGGCGCGUCAGGUCUGCGCCCGAGAAGGCCUUGAAGACUUACUUCCAGGUGUUGGACUCUGACAUCGCCACCGCAUUCCCGAACAUCGCCGUGUUGCACAACGCCAAGGAGGGCACGGCGCGUUUCACCGCCCGGUUCUUCUUCGGGGUGGCCCAGCGCCUGUACGAGUGUUUCAAUUCCCGAGAGGUGCGCAGGCACAUCGUGUCCAUGUACUCGAGCAACGCUUUGUCUCAGGCCCUCUCGCUGGACGGCGCCCCGGUGUGCGCAGUGCCCGACGAUGCCAUGAUGAGGAGCAUCUUGAUGAUGGGCUUCCGAGGUUUCCUCCAGAGUAGAGUCGACGUCAUGAAGCGAAGACAGCUGUGCUAUAACGCGCGGGGCAUCAGGCUGGACGGGAACUUCAAACUCGGUAAAAUCAUCAAGGUUCCUAAGGGCGGGACCGCGUACUCCGUGGCCAUGGGCUUCUGCGGUCUUGACGGCUCCCUCCUCGUCCCGCCCGUGCCGCUGACCCACGAGUCAUGGGAUCAAAUUGAGACCGCCCUCCUGCCCCUCCUCGAAGACGUCAGGGGCACAAUGAUGGCUUGUGGCUAUUCUGCAGACGAGUCCCAACCGGUCUUCUGCUCCACGGACAAUUACGAGAAACAUCGGCUUCGGCUACGAGGCGCUUUUGCGAAGGUCUGGUCCGGCCUCCGCCUCGUUUCCGACGGCGCCACCCCGAAGGCGCCAGCCUCCAGGAAACGCGUUCUCGCCUCGGACCGCGCCCCAGGGUGCGCGUUGAUUACGGGCGACCCGCAGCAUUGCAUCAUCAAGAUGAGGCGCUUUGUCAGCCCCCACAGCGCGGACGGUCGCGACUUCCAGUUCGAUUACAUCGACGCCAUCAAUAGGCUGAGUAAGCCGAGGGCGCCAGCCGACGCCGCGGCGGUUCGCGGCUGCUGGAGGCCUCUGUCCCCCGCGGGUCGCGACUUGUUGCGCGCCGCAGUGUCGCUCCCGAAGGAGAAGUACGACGCCGUCGCAGGCCGCGCCCCGGCGACGGCAAGGGAUAAUUUCAGGCAGUUCAUGGGGGAGCCGCGGAUUCUCCAAGACCCAGUGUGGGUGGAGUACUUCGGUGCGCGGCCGCCUCGGGGGACGCUGGCGCGCGUGGCGCGGCGAGCCGGCGCGGCGCUGCGCGGCGCCUUGCACCCGCGCGGGCGGGGGUCCAAAAAGAGUUUCCGGGCUGAGAUUCAGUGCCUCCGCGAGUGGUACAAGGCCGGCCGCAAGUCCUGGGCCCGGCGCCGCGGCAUCCGCCGAGGACACGCGGCCGGGCCAUGGCGGCCCUCGCGGGACUCUGUGCUGAAGGCGAAGUUGAAGCAGCACCUCCGCGUCCUCGUGUCUCAUCUCAAGGUCGAGGCGUUGUUCAAGUGGCGCGAGGUUGCCGACUUGCCCCACGAGGCCGGCAUCGACAUGCAGUCUGGAACGGUGCCAGUGGAACGGCUAUGGGCGAAUUUCGUGUGCUAUUUCCCCGACGCCGCCAGGGGCAUGAGCCGGGACUGGUGGGAUCUCCUCAACAACUUGGGGCACAUGCGCUACAAUUUCCGGCACUUCAACCACCCGCACCUGGACCCCUGGACGCGCGGAGACGCGCUGAUAGCAGAGCGCAUAGGCAACAUGAUCACGUUGGCAAGGGCCCUCCAGCGCCACGGCCAGGACACCUCUCCACAGCUGGUCGCACUGUUCAAGGACGUCAUGGGCGAUGUGCGCGACGUGCAGGCACCGCGCCCGGUGCAGCACGCCCGCUGGGGGAAGUACAUGCGUGGGCAGCCGCCCGGGCCCGCCGACCGGAGGCAGCCAGCGGCCGCCGCUGCAGCAGCUCCGGUUGCCGACGCCCCCGCGGCUGGCAAGCGCGGCGCAGCAGAUUCCUCGGCGGCGCCGCUUCGCCUCAAGCAGCAGCGUGUCGACGGCGGCGCCUCGGGAGCCGCGCAGGCGGCAGCCGCGGCGCCGAUCGUCAAGGGCGAGCCGGUCGUCAAGCUCGAGCCGCCCAAGGCGGAGCACGUCCCCAUCAAGAUGGAGCCCGCUAAGCUCGAGCAGGGCGUCCGCCUCAAGGCGGAGGAGCCCGCUGGGGUCGUCGAGACGGAGCCCAGGGAGGGCGCCGUCGCGGCGCUCGCGACGAGCACCCCGCCAGCGCACCGAUGCAGGCGCACCCAGCCACCGCGCGCGGCCAUCCACCAGUCAAGGCCAGAGGAAUUGCAGGUCGCAGCUGUGUCAGAGCCUGCUCGGCCCCGGUCACCGUGCUCGCCGAGGUGCGCUGCGUCGCCGGACCCCGUGUUCAAGUUCCAGCUGCCAGACGGCGCCGCCAGCGGGCCGAGUUCGGAUUCGGACCCCGCCGCGCCCGUCAUCAACGCGGUAACGGCUGCCGAGAAUGUCCAGGACUUGCAAGGCUGCUUGUUCCCCGCCGACCUCUUCGCGGGCUUCCAGACGGAAGCGCAGAUCUACGAAAGCGCGCAGGAGAAACUCCAGGCCAUGCACGAGGACACGCGGACACACCGCGAGCUCGCGGUCCGCCACGACUUCAUCAUGACGGGCUCGCGCCCCACGCCCAUCCUCAAGGCUGCAGAAGCCGUCUGCUUGAAACAAGGGAUUCACUUGGAAUCCUUUCUCCUUUGCCUGGGCGCGAACGUCACCUGGCUCGAACACCACCGGACGCGCUUGGGUUCUGAGUUCCCCCCGGAGAACGACCCGGUGAUCCAGCUGCAGGACGACGUGAUGGGCGCGAAGGCCAUCCUCGAGGACAUGGGGAAGGACGAGAAGAAACCGAAGCGCCGAGCGCGCGCCAAGCAGAAAGCAGCAUUGGCACGCGCCCGAUCUGACCCGGAAGCCGCCGCUUCGGCGGAGUCGGGGGCCCUUGCCCCCGCCGAGCCUGGCGCCGCCCCCCAGGCUGCCGCGCCGGCCCCGGCCUUCCACGACGUGAUGGAAUCCAUCCUCCAGCAGGCCUCGCUCGAUCAGGAUAGCGCGGAUGAGAUCUGCCGCAAAAUUGGGGCGGCGUUCGGGCGCGAAGUCAAUGCGGGCGAGAAGAAGAUGGCCAGGGCGGCCUCCCACGAGGUGAUGAGGCAGCCCGAGUGCGAGGCCGUCAUCUGCGGCGGCUCCCCCUCGAGCCGCAAGAGCCGCAGCUGCGAUCUUUCCAAUGACUUGAUCACGAAGUCCGCCUGCGCGCCACCCGAUCUUUCCACGGGCUCGGCGUACCUCGCGGAAGCGACGCUCCGUGGCAUCCGCACCUGCCUGCUGAAGACGCACCGAGCCGCCGUGACCACGGACGAGCUGAUGAACGCCAUGGUCACGCCGUGGUCCGACGGGAAGGACCAGUCACACUGCGUUCCACGGUCCAAGCUCUGCACAUGCACGCAGGCUGAGAGAGACGACAUUCUCACAGCCACGGGCCCGGUGCAUCUGCGGUCCUACUCCUUCCAAUUCAAACUCUUCGGCCAGCUGGAGGGCGCGGAGUGGGUCAUGAGGCCCGGCCCUCAGGGAUUCUUCAAGCGCGUCUCGUUCAGUGUGUCCCCCGAUAACAACCCGUGGGAUGAUAGAGUGCACGCGAGCAUGUCCAUGGGGCUCCUCCAGGGUUUACAUGACUGGAUGUUGCGUGGACCUUUCAAGCAGCCGUACUACCUCCAUUUGAGCGGCCAGACCCAGACGUUCUUGCGAAUCGUGCUGCAGGCAAUCAGAGAUUGGAUUAAGGAGAAGGAGGAGUCCGGCGUCGACGUCAGCAAGUGGUUCAAGAUCAAGCUAGGGUUCGCUUUCUCGGACAUUCUGCGGAACGGGUCGUCCACCAUGCGCCAGGUCCAGUUCCUGACGUCUCUCAGCAAGGUCGGCCACGACGCGGCGCAGCGCCACUGCGUAAUCCCCAUGGAGUUUAUGGCGGGAUGCACCGAUAUUUUCGAGAACUCGAACUCCACGCUG